AUGGGAACAGUAAAACCAUCACAGGAACAAAUGGACGAAGCUAUGAUGCCAUUGUACAAUUACUUGAAUCAAAAUCUUGAAGUUCUUGCCCAAUAUUUAACCCAGGAAAUGCUCAUGAAAGUGAUGGUAGCGGCGUGGAACGUGGUGGUUUCAAGUGCAGAUGAGCUUCUCUUACCAAAGCUUGCUAGUGCCAAAACUUUUCAGUUGUCUACCAUUGGGUCUAAGCUUUCACUGACAAGCACGGGCACUUCUGGAUGGCAAUCUGCUGUAUCCACUGCAGUAGCAAGUGUGUCGAAUUCAAUUGGUAUAAGUGGCUUUGGUAGACUGCUCACCAACAACGAGCUUGAGACGGUAUUUGCCUGGUUAACAUUUUUAUGUUUUGACUUUUUCCACAAUAAUGGCAAUGGCCCUCCCAUAGCAGACCUUAAGAAUGAGCAUUACCAAUCGCUCUUGCUAGUUCCCGUCUACUAUGAUCGUGAUAUUGAGUUUUUGUUUCUGGAAGUAGAUCGGUUGUCGCCAGCCUAUGUCAAAGUUUUACGUGAAAGAAACAACUUUACGGGAUUUGAGACGAAAGACACAAGAGAGAAAGAAGCUAAACAGAUCAAGUCUCAGAACCUUUCCAGGCAGAGAGCGCUUUCUCGUGCAGGCAGCUUGGCAAGAAGCAAGACUAUCAAUGCACAUGCCACUGCUAAGGCGAGAGAAAGAGCUGACCGUGAAGCUCAAGAAGCAAGGUCUGACCCUAUGGCAGCGCAGGUGCUCACAGAAGACAUAAUUCUUCGUCUUUUGUUGGUUAAAGGAGAGAAAGCAUAUGUUGCUCGCAGACUCGACCAGAGAGAGAGGUUGGCGCAUAGUAUAGCUACGGAGCGUCUAGCGAGAGCCGCUGCUGAAGGACGUCUUGGUUAG